CGAAGAGAAGCAAGAAUUUCAACAAUACAAAAGGGACAAACGAAACUCACUUUUUUUUUAGAACUGAGAGAAAUGAAAUUAAUAAUGUUUAAUUGUGACAACAAGAAGGAUGCAACGAAAACCGUGCAAAAGCGCUUCGUGGAUCCGACUUUCCGCGGCAAUCCCAAGACCAAGGAGGAAGUGUGGCACAGGAACUUCAACACCACAACUUCCGCCUUCGAUCAAGCGCCCGCACUCAUUGCGCUGCUGAACAAAAUCACCGUGCAGUAUCUCAGCUCCUGCAUUCCCGUGAUUCUGUACGACAGAUUCGUGCAGAACUCGGACAGCGUCAUUCUGCAGAAACUCUUCCAGACCUUCCCCACGUCCUUCAUCCACGGGCGCAUCAAUGCCAAUUACUCAGUGGAGCGACUGGACAUUCUGGAGCCUUCGACGGACUCCAAGUGUCGCAGUUUCAUUCUCUUUCUCUCAGACGCCAUGAUGACGCGGAAGGUUUUAGGGCCCCAAAUCCGCGCCAGAGUUGUCGUAAUUCCGCGCUCAACGCAGUGGAAGCUGCAGGAGUUCCUGUCAUCGCCCUUGUCGCGCGACAUCGUCAACCUGCUGGUCAUCGGCGAGUCGUACACCUCAGCGGACGUGACGAAGCAGCGCCCCUUCGUGCUGUACACGCACAAGCUGUACGCCGACGGCCUGGGCGCCAAUAAGCCCGUAGUGCUGACAUCGUGGAUUAAGGAUCGCCUCACGCGGCCCCACGUCAACCUCUUCCCGUCCAAAUUCCGCAAGGGCUUCUCUGGCCACCGCUUCCUGGUGGCGGCGUCGCACCAACCGCCCUUUAUCUUCAAGCGCAAGUCCACCGACGGCGUGGGAAACGUGAACAUCGCGUGGGAAGGCAUGGAGCUGCGCAUGCUGAACAUUCUGAAGACGAAGCUGAACUUCACAUACGAGAUCAUGGAGCCCAGGCAGCAGCAGCUCAGCUCUGGCGAUGGCGUGGUGCAGGAAGUGGCCCACGGAUUGGGAGACAUUGGCGCGGCGGGCGUGUAUGUCACCACGAAGCGCAUGCAGGAGGUGGAGAUGACGGCCGGACACUCCAGAGACUGCGCCGUCUACGCCACGCUCAUGUCCAAGGCUCUGCCGCGAUACAGAGCCAUCAUGGGACCCUUCCAGUACCCCGUGUGGAUUGCCCUCACGGCCACUUACCUCGUGGCAAUCUUCCCGCUCGCAUUCUCCGAUCGCCUCACGCUGAGCCACUUGAUUGGCAACGCUGGCGAGGUGGAGAACAUGUUCUGGUACGUCUUUGGCACCUUCACCAACUGCUUCACCUUCACGGGCAAGUAUUCGUGGAGCAGCAGCAAGAAGGACUCCACGCGCAUGCUGAUCGGCUGGUACUGGGUCUUCACCAUCAUCAUCACGUCGUGCUACACGGGCUCCAUCAUCGCCUUCGUCACGCUGCCCAUCUUCCCGGACACGGUGGACUCGGUGGAGCAGCUGCUGGGCGGCUUCUACCGCUUCGGGACGCUGGAGAAGGGUGGCUGGGAGUACUGGUUCGCCAACUCCACGCACAAGGACACAGCGCGCCUCAUCAAGGACAUGGAAUACGUGCGAGACGUUCCCGAGGGCUUGAACAACGUCACGAAGGCCUUCUUCUGGUCGUACGCCUUUCUGGGCUCGCGCGCUGAGCUCGAGUACGUCAUCCAGUCCAACUUCUCGGACGACAGCUUCGGCAAGAGAUCCGCACUGCACCUGAGUGACGACUGCUUCGGGCUGUUCUACGCCGGCCUGGCAAUGCCCAAGGACUCCGUGUACACGGAUCCCUUCAACGACGCCAUCCUGCGCAUGCAGCAGAGCGGGCUGAUGGACAAGCUGACGAAUGACGUGAAUUGGGUGAUGCAGCGCACCAGCACCGGAGGCUUUCUCCAGGUCAUCCCCGGGAAACUGGCAACGGCCGCCGUGGAGGAGCGCGGCCUCACUCUAGCAGACACAGAGGGCAUGUUCCUCCUGCUAGGAAUGGGCUUCCUCCUCGCGGCAGCCGCUCUGGUGUCCGAGUGGGUGGGCGGAUGCACGCGCAAGUGCAAGAGCAUCCUGCUGAGGCGUCGUCGCCGGGCUGAAGGACUGAACUCUGAGCUCGACUCAGAGACCACGUCCUGUCAUCCCACAUCUCUGCAGCCGGACUUCGAGCACAGAGACUCGGCGAUCGCUCACGAUGCCACAGACACGGAAAUUCCCCGGAAAUCCAUCAGCUUGAGGAGUUUGAACAGGCAGACGCUCAAGGAACUCUACGACGGUCCGAAGCGCCGACACUCAACGGUGAUCCUGAUGGAUGGACAGGUGAUGACGGACGCCCAGGCGCUAGGCAAACUCCAGCAGAAGCACAAGAAAGUGGAGUCAAUGGACUUGUCCAGAAUCCUUCGGUAUCUCGGCAAAGAACCUGCAGAGAAGGAAACUCACCACGAGGAGGAAUCCGCAGUUCAGGAGAUUCACGAGGUGGAGAUCAAUCGUCCUGACACGCCUUUCCACCGAAAUCACAUCGAUGACGCCUUUGGCGAGAAGAUCAUCCAUCCAGAAGACGAAGAGCAGAAUUGAGUUGGUUCUCAUUUAUUCUCAAUUUGCUAUAUUACAUUAAAUUUUCACGGUGAUUUUUCCGCCAAAAAAAUCACCACCAAAGCACAAAUAUUAUAAAUAUUCUUUCUCAUGUUAAUAAUUCUUGUCUUGGGAAGAGUAUCAAUAAGUUUUUUUUUCAUCUUCUUCUUCUUUCUCACCACGAAAUACAAAAAAGAACUCCUUUUAGCGUUCCACCAAAGAAUUGUUAAGUUUUUUUUUGUUUAUACAAAUUAAUUCUGUUAGAAUUCACAUGAGAGUCUCACGAAUUAUUAUUUUUUAUUGAGUUGUGCUGGGAAAAAGGAGAAUACAAAAAAAAUAAUAGGUAUAAAGUGGACAGAAACAGUUCUUGAGAAAAUCAUUGAAAAAUAGUAAUAAAAAAUAAAUUAAAUUUAUCUCUCUUUCUAGCAAUUAAUUGUAAAAUCAUGUUAAAUUUCCUCUCCACUCUCAUUGAUUUCUCUCUCUUUCUCUCUC